AAUAUAUAUCUCUUUACCUCGUAGAUUUAAACAAAACUUGUAUAACUCCCAAGUAUGAGAUCUAAAACACAUACUUCACUUAGCCUAAAGCUUCUUCUCAUAUCAGUUUUCAUAGCUUUCUUACUUCUCUUUGUGUUGAGAUCAAGAUUAACAUCUUCUAAUGAAAUAUCAAGAUUACCAGCAAGUACUUGUUCAUCACCGAAAUGUAACAAAAUCCCAUCAUCAGUAGCCAAAUCCCUCAUCCACUACUCAACCUCAGCCAUUACACCUCAACAAACACUCAAAGAAAUAUCAGUAUCAUCCAAGAUUCUAGACAAGAAAUCACCUUGCAACUUCCUUGUAUUUGGUCUUGGCCAUGAUAGCCUAAUGUGGCACACACUCAACUAUGGAGGGCGAACGAUCUUCCUCGAAGAAGAUGAGGCAUGGAUACAGCAAAUCAAGAAGAGAUUUCCCGUGUUAGAGUCCUAUCAUGUUACAUAUGAUAGUAAAGUUAACCAAGCAAAUGUUUUAAUAGAAGCAGGGAAAGGACCAGAGUGUACAACUAUAGCUGAUCCUAGAUAUUCAAUGUGUCAACUUGCCUUAAAAGGGCUGCCUAGUGAAAUUUAUGAUACAAAAUGGGAUUUGAUUAUGGUGGAUGCACCAACAGGGUACUAUGAUGAUGCACCAGGGAGAAUGACAGCCAUUUAUACUGCAGGGAUGAUGGCAAGGAACAAAGAAGAAGGAGAGACACAUGUGUUUGUGCAUGAUGUGAAUAGGGAUAUUGAGGACAAGUUUUCUAGGGAAUUUUUGUGUGAAGGAUAUAUGAAGAAACAAGUUGGGAGGCUAAGGCAUUUUACAAUUCCUAGUCAUAAGAGCAACUUGGAUAUGCCAUUUUGCCCCUAGAUUUUCUUGAACCAUUUUUUUUUUUUUGGUUUAUUCUAUGUCUCUAUAUUUUUUUUUUCAUGUUUUGAGGGUGGGUGAAUGGGAAGAUCCUCAUGAUGGAUCAAUCAUGAGGAUAUUGUUUUUUGAGAGAGGAGAGUAAAUCAGUACUAUUACCAAUAAAUUGGGAAUGUUAUGUUAUGACUUUGAUGUCUGAUAUAAGCAUAUGAAAUUAGGGCUACUUUUUUAAUGUAUUAGGUUUGGGUCUUGGUACGA